AAACGUAUGGAUUGACUCGAAAGUCUUUCCCUUACCCUUUCACCUCAAACUCUUCUCUUUCCUUAUAUAUGAGCUAAUUUACUUCCUUGCUCUCAAACCUAGCAAUGUCUUAUCCUCUUCUUCAUACUCUCUUCUGCUUCCUAUUAUUGCUGCCAUUUUCUACUGUUGCUCAGACUAAUGGAACUGUAGACGUUGGUGCAUCUAUCACAGCUGGUGACAAUUCCACCACCCCAUGGCUAUCCGCUUCUCAAAAUUUUGCAUUUGGGUUUAAACAAGUCCAAGAUAACAAUCUUUUCUUGCUCUCCAUAUGGUAUUACAAGAUACGCGACCAAACCAUUGUUUGGUAUGCAAACAAAGGUGUUCCAGUGUCAGCUGGGUCGAAAGUAGGGAUAACCGCGAGCAAAGGGCUAGUGCUCAGUGACCCUCAAGGCAGAGAGUUGUGGAGUUCCACUCCCAUUCGUAACCAAGUAAUUGCUAAUGGCUUUAUGAGGGAUACGGGCAGCUUUGUGCUUGUUGGUGGGGGUUCGGUUAACAUAUGGGAGAGCUUCAAAUACCCGACAGACACCUUGUUGCCUACGCAGAUCAUGGAGUCUGGCGAGCUCCUUUUUUCUCGACAGUCGGAGAAGAAUUUCUCCGGGGGAAGGUUCCAGCUCCGCCUGCUCGAAGAUGGAAAUCUCGUACUUAAUACUAGAGACUUGGGUACCAAUUUCGCUUAUGAUGCUUACUACAAGAGCAACACUGUUGAUGAUGUUAAUGUAACAAAUCGUGGUUACCGAGUUAUCUUCAAUGAGACAGGAUAUAUUUACGUAUUGAAAAGAAGUAACCAAAGUGUAGUACUCGGACCAACAACUGUACUCCCAUCUGGUGACUACUACUACCGAGCAACUCUCGAUUUUGAUGGGGUUUUCACACUGUACUAUCAUCCAAAGACUGAAAAUGCCAGUCCGAACACUUGGACUGUUUUGUGGUCUGAGCCGGAUAACAUUUGUGUUGGUAUUACAGCGAGUGAAGGUAGAGGGGCUUGUGGCUUCAACAGCAUAUGCACAAUUGAUGAUAAUAAAAGGCCUAAUUGUUCGUGCCCUGAAGGUUUUUCGUUGCUUGAUCCAACUGACAAGUACGGAGACUGUAAGCCAAAUUUCACACUAAGCUGUGAAGAAGAUGACCACAAGAGUUCCAACAGAGAUCUCUAUGACUUGUCGGUGUUAAUAGAUACUGAUUGGCCACUGUCUGACUACGAGCAAUUGAAGCCUUUCAGUGAAGAGAUGUGCAGAAACUCUUGCCUCCAAGAUUGUUUCUGCGCUGUUGCUAUUCUGCGGCAAGAUAGCUGCUGGAAGAAGAAGCUGCCACUUUCUAAUGGCAGGAAGGACAGUAUUGUUAAUGGGAAGGCUUUCAUGAAGUUCAGGAAAGGUGACCUUCCUCCAUCUACUACCGAUCCUCCUUUUCCUCUUCGGGACAUAAAGAAGAACGAUCGGACUUUGAUUGUUGUUGGAUCCGUGCUUCUGGGUAGCUCUUUAUUCGUCAAUGUCGCACUUCUGGGUGCCUUUUGCCUGGGUUUUUCCCUCAUCUACCAGAAGAAGAUCUUGAAUAGUCGUCAUGGGUUCGGAGCUGUGGAAACAAAUCUUCGUUGUUUUACGUAUGAAGAGCUUGCAGAGGCUACAGAUGGAUUCAAGGAAGAACUGGGAAGGGGAGCUUUUGGAAUUGUGUAUGGGGGGGCAGUACAAAUAGGGAAUUCUAGAACUUCCGUCGCGGUCAAGAAGCUAGAUAGGGUGGUUCAAGAAAAAGAGAGAGAGAAGGAAUUUAGAACCGAAGUACAUGUGAUUGGCCAAACCCAUCAUAAGAAUCUAGUCCGACUGGUUGGAUUUUGCGACCAAGGGGAGCACCGGAUGUUAGUGUACGAGUUCAUGAGUAAUGGCACUCUCGCUAGCUUCCUGUUUGGAGAGACAAAGCCUAGCUGGAACCAGAGGAGCGAAAUUGCGUUUGGAAUUGCUAGAGGCCUUCUUUACCUACACGAAGAAUGCAGCACGCAGAUCAUCCAUUGCGAUAUAAAGCCUCAAAACAUACUUCUUGACGACUAUUACACCGCCCGGAUUGCCGACUUUGGGUUGGCUAAACUGCUGAUGAUCAAUCAGAGCCAGACAAAUACUGGUAUUAGAGGGACAAGAGGGUAUGUUGCACCGGAAUGGUUUAGAAACAAGCCGGUAACCGCUAAAGUUGAUGUUUACAGCUUUGGUGUGUUGCUAUUAGAGAUCAUUACUUGUCGAAAAAACGUAGAGGGGUCGGAGAUGGGGGGUGACGAGAGAGCAAUUUUAACUGAUUGGGUUUUUGACUGUUUUCUGAAAGAUGGAUUGCAUGCUUUGGUUGAGGGCGAUUCUGAGGCCUUGAAUGACUGGAGGAAGGUGCAGAGAUUUCUGAUGGUUGGAAUUUGGUGUAUUCAAGAAGAUCCCUCUGAACGGCCCACGAUGAGGAAGGUUACUCAAAUGCUUGAAGGAGUUGUCGAAGUUCCUGUGCCUCCAAGCCCUUCGCAAUUUUCUUUCGUCAGUCAUGGUGUCGGGGAGGAGUAGAUUGGGCACAUACCUAACCUUUGGUAGUAAAUGCACAAAGUGGAUGUCUCCAGACUAGAACACACGACCCGAAGUUUCGUUGGCUGAGUUUUGUUUGCUCUGCUCUAUUUAUUCUAGUGUCACUUAUAGUUGGUUCAUUUCGCAAAAUAUCCCCUUGGUAAGUUAGCAACCAAUAUGUAAUGUUCACUUAAAAUAAUGCCUGCUACUUCAGUGCACAAUAUAUGUUGUUUUGAAAAAGGCUCUUUAGACGAAGGCCUGUGUUCUGAUAUGUUUCUGAAAAUUGUGAGAAAUCGUAUAGCCUGUGUUUUUUCGUCCUACUAAUCAAUCAUGAAUAUUAACUUCUGUGUUCUC